CACAAAAAUUUCCGAUUCCAAUAUGCGAAUGGUGGAAUGACGCAAGUACGAUCAUAGCGUCUUAAUCCGAAGCAUCCAUUUUUUUUCCGAAGAAAUGGGAAAGCAAGAUUCUCCAAAAAGCCCUCGACCUCGUUCUUUAAUUCCCGACGAGUCCUCCGGUUUGAAUGACUGCCAGCUAAGAUGGACGGAGAUGCUAAAAAAUAGCGAUCCUUCUCUCGGUAGAAGGAUUUCUCAUUGGGAAAAAUCUACGUUGGUCGAAAAUUUCAAGAAUGAUAAUAGUGUUUUAAAGUACACUUCUUUUAAAGGAGUUUGUUCCGGUAAAAGGCAAAUACGGUGGCUUCGUAGGCAUACGAGGUCGAUUAUAUUCACUUUUACGUUGAUGGGUUUUUUCCUCCUCUUAGAUUCGUUGAUGUUCUCUCUUUUCGAUCCGAAAUUUCUCAAGAGUAGCCCACCUCCAAUAAACGAACAUUCACCAAAGGAAAGAAACGCCGGAUACGAAUAUGACCAAGAAAAAAGCCCGGUGAUGUAUUCUCGAUUAUUACAUAUGGCUGCUGUUUCUCUUACGGAGAGAGAUGUGGAUCGAGAAGAGACGAAAUUUUGGAAGGAAUCGUAUCCUCAGGUAGCUAUGUGGAAGCCCUGUGCAGAUAAGAAGCUCAAAAGGGCAGGGACAGUGAACAACCGAACCGGUUUUAUUUUGGUCAGUGCAAACGGAGGACUAAAUCAACAGAGAGUUGCCGUCUGUAACGCUGUUGCAGUAGCAUCUCUACUAAAUGCAACAUUAGUGAUUCCGAGAUUUCUCUACAGCAACGUAUGGAAUGAUCCCAGCCAGUUCGACGAUAUUUAUCAAGAAGAGACUUUUACGAACAUUUUAAAGGACGAUAUCGAUAUUGUUAAGGAGCUGCCUUCGUAUCUGAAAUCAAUUGAUCUCAAAUCCAUUGGGAGUUUAAUAACAGAUUCAGACCUUGCUAAGGAGGCAACGCCAGACGAAUAUAUAAAUAAUAUACUUCCGAUUUUACUGCGUAAUAAAAUCGUUCAUUUUCUCGGAUUCGGCAAUCGACUUGGCUUCGAACAGUUGCCUUCUCGUCUUCAGAAACUUAGAUGCAAAUGUAACUUCCACGCUCUAAAAUUCGCACCAAAAAUUCAGAAAACGGGCUCGUUAUUAGUGAAGAGGAUAAGAAAAUACGGGACCGAAAGGAGCAUGUUAGAAAAUCAGCUUCUCGGAAGCUUCAUCUCAAAUGUCGUCCCUAUUAAGAAAGAAGCAAGCCCUUCAAAAUACCUCGCUCUGCAUUUACGGUUCGAAGUCGAUAUGGUGGCUUACUCCAUGUGCGAUUUCGGAGGUGGUAUAAACGAGACUAAACAUCUUCAGUCUUACAGAGAAGAUCAUUUCCCUCUGCUCCUCGAACGCUUGAAAAAAACCGAACCAAUUCUUCCGGAAGAUUUGAGAAAGAUGGGGCGAUGCCCAUUGACACCAGAAGAAGCAGCUCUAGUUCUAGCUGGUCUCGGGUUUGACCGUGGGACUUAUAUAUAUCUAGCCGGGUCCCACAUUUACGGAGGAAAAUCAAGAAUGCUUCCUCUAAAAAGUCUCUACCCUAACCUAGUAACCAAAGAGGAUCUCCUCUCACCGAGCGAACUCGAACCUUUUAAUAAUUUCACUUCUCAGCUUGCGGCUUUGGACUUCAUUGCAUGUGCCGUUUCUGACGUAUUUGCAAUAACGGAUUCCGGGAGCCAGCUGUCGAAUCUAGUGUCUGGUUUCCGAACAUAUUACGGUGAAGGAAAUUAUCCCACAUUGAGGCCUAUCAAGAAGAGGCUAGCAGCAAUUUUGCAAGAAAACAGCACUAUAAAAUGGGGUAGUUUUGAUAACAGAGUAAAGAAGAUGAUCGAAGAAGGCCAAAGAGUUCGUACCAGAGAAUAUGGUAGAAGCAUUUAUCGACAGCCGAGAUGCAAAGAAUGCAUGUGCAAGCAUCACUAAUAGUACUUCUUCUUGCAUAUAUUGGAGCCGUAUUACUUUUUCGCGCGUGUGUGUGUAUAUAUAUAGAUAUUGUUUUCACUCGAUAGAUAAUAUAAAUACACGAAACGAAGACAAUAAUUUUAGUUUUAUUGGAUUAAACUCGAAUAACCCAAAUAAAGACGAGUUCAAAUAAAUGAAAAAAUUAAUGACAGAUGAGACUAAUCUGUCACACACUAAAAAA